AUGGGUCUCCUCUUCAACAAGCCUCCUGGUGAGGCGGGCUCGACCUUGCCCGCCAUCAUUGUCGGCAUGUUCGUCGCGUUUGGUGGCAUCCUUUUCGGUUACGAUACCGGAACCAUCGGCGGUAUCUUGGCCAUGAACUACUGGAAGGAACACUUUAGCACUGGAUACAUCGACGCAAAGGGUCAACCCAAUGUCGAUGCCAACCAAACAUCCGAAAUUGUGUCUAUCCUGUCUGCGGGCACCUUCUUUGGCGCCCUACUGUCCGCACCCAUCGCCGACUAUCUGGGACGACGACUGGCCAUGAUGUUCAACACCCUCGUCUUCACCUUUGGUGUCAUCUUGCAGACCGCCGCCACCCGAAUCCCUAUGUUCGUGGCUGGCCGUUUCUUUGCGGGCCUGGGUGUCGGUCUUCUCAGCGCGACCAUCCCGCUGUAUCAGUCUGAAACUGCCCCUAAAUGGAUCCGUGGCGCCAUUGUCGGCUGCUACCAGUGGGCUAUUACCAUCGGUCUUCUGCUGGCUGCCAUUGUCAACAACGCGACCAAGGACCGAAACGAUACGGGAUCCUAUCGCAUUCCGGUCGCCGUGCAAUUCGCCUGGGCCAUCAUCCUCUUCGGUGGCAUGCUGAUCCUCCCGGAGACACCGCGCUUCUUGAUCAAGCAGGGGAAGCACGAAAAGGCUGCCAAGGCACUCUCGCGUCUGCGGCGACUGGAUGUUGACCAUCCUGCUCUGGUCGAGGAGCUUGCCGAGGUUCAGGCCAACCACGAGUAUGAGAUGUCCAUCGGCACCGCCUCGUACGUGGCUCUCUUCAAGAAGCCCAUUCGCAAGCGUCUCUUCACCGGCAUGGCGCUUCAAGGUCUGCAGCAGCUUACUGGUGUCAACUUCAUCUUCUACUACGGAACGUCCUACUUCCAGAAUUCGGGCAUCGACAACCCGUUCACGACGUCGGUCAUCACCUCGGUCGUCAAUAUCGCCUCCACCGUUCCGGGUCUUUAUUUGGUUGAGAAAUGGGGUCGCCGUCCUUUGCUCAUGUUCGGUGCCAUUGGCAUGUCCGUCUGCCAGCUCAUCGUGGCCUCGGUCGGCACAGCUCUUCCUGACGACACGUCUGCAAACAAGGCGCUGAUCGCCUUUGUCUGCAUCUACAUUUUCUUCUUUGCAUGUUCGUGGGGCCCUUGCGCCUGGGUCGUCACUGGCGAAAUCUUCCCCCUCAAGGCUCGUGCCAGAGGUCUCUCCAUUACCACCGCCAGCAACUGGCUUCUCAACUGGGCCAUCGCUUACGCCACUCCGUACAUGGUCAACUCCGGGCCGGGGAAUGCCAAUCUUGGAUCCAAGGUGUUCUUCAUCUGGGGCGGUUUCUGCUGCAUUUGCAUGGCUUUCGUUUACUUUUUCAUCUAUGAGACCAAGGGCCUCUCUCUCGAGCAAGUAGACGAGCUCUAUGCGAAGACUGCAAAGGCCUGGCAAUCCAAGGCUUUUGUUCCCACGGUGGCGUUCACCGAGGUUGCCGAGCUUGGGAAGACUGAGGGUAGGCGUUCUACUCUCGCCGAUCUUGAGCUGGAGGCUGGUCGCCGCAAGAGCUCAGCUGGCGUUCAUCACGAGGUGGCGGAGAAAUACUGA